AUGCCUCGACGACAGAAAGUGCCGCCCUUUUCGCUGGUGCGAAAGCGGAUCAGGCAGUCGUUUAACAAGCUCAACAUCUAUAAUGCUAUGACCUGGCGCAAGAACCGGCCAUUCAAUAGCCAGUACCGCCAGCUGUUCUUUGCCAAACAGGAGUCUCGUGCGUACCACGGUGAAGGGUUGACCGAGACGCAGUUCCGCAACGUUUUCCGAUCGGAGCUGACCUCGGUGUCCCCUUUGCAGUCCAAGGCCAAGCGUGAUGGUGUCGAGCAAGAGAUCCCGCAUGCUUUACAGACUUUUGUUGCUCUAGAGCGUCGUCUGGACACUGCAGUGUUCCGGGCCUUGUUUGCUUCUAGUUUGCGUCAGGCUUCGCAGUAUGUGGUUACAGGAGCCGUCAAAGUCAAUGGUGUCAAGAUCAGCCAGCCGGGCUAUGUUCUUCGUGCCGGUGAUAUGUUCAGCGUGGACCCCAACCGUGUUCUCGAGGGCUUGGGCCGUCCGAAGCCUUCGGCUGCUGAAGCCAUCACUCAGACCAACCGCAUUAUUCGCAAAUACAACAAGUACCUCGAGCGGUGCCGCAAGAGUCCCAGGCAGAUGUGGAAGUCGCGUGAGGCUCGCCGAAAGCGCCAUGUUGUUUAUAACUCUAAGCAGGCCGCCAAGGAGAAUCGCGCAAUUGAGCAGCACAACAAAUCGAUCGACACGGCUAUGAAGCGUGAAAUCGAUGCUGUAAAGCCCCGCCUGAUUCUUGAGACUGCUCUGAAGGGCGAGAAGGUCGGUGGUGAAAAGCUCGCUGCAAAGUCAGGCGCCCUGCUUGGCCUGGUCCGAGGCCACCUUCCUCCCAAGGACGAAGCCGGAUACUCUGCUGAUGAGGUUCGUGACAUUUCCGGUCGCUACUAUGACAAGCACGAGCCUGGUGUUGCGGGUGUCGCCAAUAAGUCAGAUGUGAAGAAGCUUUGUGCAGAGCUCGUUCAGCUCAAACAAGACGAGAUCCGUACAAGCUACUCUUCUCGUCUCCGUCAUCUCGGAAAGGCCGCUCCUUACGAUCCUACCUGGGUCGAUCGACUGCCCCAGCCAAUUCCAGAGAUAGACCCCGAAACCGAUCCCGAGGAGUUUGCAAAGAUGAAACUGGCUCUGCCCUUCUCAACAACCGGUAAACUUUACGGUUUGGCAGAGCCUGAAAAGCGGUGGUUCACCCCCUGGGUGCCUCGUCAGUUCGUGGCUGCCAUGGCAGUUCUGCCGCACCAUUUGGAGGUCUCCCACGAGACCUGCCACGCCAUUUACCUCCGCGACCCGGUUGCUCGACCGAAUCACUCUGAGGUCAUUUCGCCUUUCAGUCUCGACAUGCAUGAGCGGGUUCAUAUGUGGUAUAAUUAUCGCCGGCGGAAGAACCUGGCACGAACCGGCAGUGCUUAG